AGUUCUACGACGUAGUUGUGGCAUCAACAAUGGUGCCAUCAACAGUAGCAGUAGCACCCCGUUCUCGAUGGCUCCUUUGGUUCCACUUCAGCUACCCACCACAAAAAGUACUUCUUUUCCCGAUCUUCUUUUCGAAUUACUUAUAAGGAGAGUCGUCCACUAGCGCUAUCAUUAUUAUCCUCAAUUCUGCAGCGCGGUGCUUUUUUCCACUUUUUCAAAGACGAUCUUCCUUGUAUUAGUAUUUGUUUUAGAUCGAUUUCGCGGUAGUUCUGAUAUUGGUGCAGAAACUCCUUUCACGCUUCCCUUGGCGCUUAUUCGUAUUCCUACUUUAGACCAUAACCAUUUUUUUCAAAAGGAAGACAGAGAUAAAAAACGCUCUUUUCGAAAAAUACUUUACAUUCUUGUUGUUUUUGCGAUCGAAGUGUGACAACUUUCGAGGUCACGAAAAAUGAGUGCUCCGAAGCUCCAAAUUUCUGGGGACGUGGCCGUCCGCGACCAUCUGCAUGAAGCUCAGGGUUUGGUUGAUGGUACCCCAUCCCACAGCCAGCAGCUUCAAGCUCGCACAAGCUCUCGAGUGCUCGCGCCGUGGGAAGAAACAUCCAGUCCAAGCAGCAAACGCACCGCGACGCAGCUGAGUGCGCAACGAUUGACACGACUAAAAGGUGUGGACGUGCUGCGCGAUCCGUACUUGAACAAAGGAACAGCCUUCACGGAGCGGGAAAGGGACAUGCGUAUCGGGAUUUUUUCAGAACUUGCCUUGCUUUUCUUGUAGUUACAUCGAGCUGAUGAAGCAUGUAGAUGCGAAUCUGGAUGAUCGUAACGAGGAUUUUCAUAAUUUAGUCGAACCCGUUUCGAAGCCCAAGUGCAAGUUGCUUGUCUUUAUUAUCUUCAGCGAAUUGUAAACACGAUGAAAAUGAAUACAACAGUGGGUCUUCGCGGUCUGCUCGCGCCGAAGGUAAGUACGAUCGAGGAGCAGUUGAAGCGUCAGUAUACCAAAUUUAACGAAUGCCCGUCCAGUAUUGCGAAAUACCACUUUCUUGCCUCCAUUCACAACCGCAACGAAACGCUGUACUACCGCUUUCUGCUUUCCUACGUCACCGAGACAAUGCCGAUCGUGUACACCCCGACGGUGGGCCAGGCCUGCUUGGAGUUUUCGGACAGCUAUCGUGCCAGAGCGCGAGGUCUCUUUUUCUCCAAGAACGACGUGCCCCACUUCCGCGAGAUGUGCCGCAACUGGCCCCAGCACGACGUCGAGAUUAUCGUCAUCACGGACGGGAGCCGCAUUCUGGGCCUGGGAGAUCUCGGUAUCAACGGAAUGGGCAUCCCCAUCGGAAAGCUCGCACUGUACGUUGCGGCCGCCGGCUUUCUCCCCUGGCGCACGCUGCCCAUCACGGUUGAUUUGGGGACGAACAACCAGAAGUUCCUGGAUUCCGAGACCUACAUUGGCCUGAAAUCCCAGCGUCCAAACGACGAGGAAUUUUACUCCAUCAUGGACGACCUGAUCCAAGCCAUCAAGUGGCGGUGGCCGGAUGUGCUCAUCCAGUUUGAGGACUUCUCGAACGAGCACGCGUUUGGCUUGCUGGACAAGUACCGUGACCAGACUCUGUCCUUCAACGAUGACAUCCAAGGCACGGCGGCAACCGUGCUCGCCGGAAUCAUUGCCGGUAUGAAGUCAGAUCGGGUUGCUGAUCAUUUGAAAACUUUAGAAAUAGAAAUAUCAUUUGUGAGGAAGGCAACAUGCGUAUGAAAUCAUUUUAGUUUACGAAUAAAGAUAGAACAAUAUCAUGUAGUGGAAAUUUGUCCUCUUCAUACUAACAGCCUUGCGUAUCCAACCCGCCUCCGUCUUAACCGAGGGCGUUCCGGAGGACCGCAACAAGACCACCCUGCUUCGCGACCAGCGGAUCGUGUUUCUCGGCGCUGGUUCUGCGGGCGCUGGCGUCGCUGAUUUGAUCGCCGCCGGCAUGGAAGUGGAGGGCAAGCGGGCCGGGGACAACAAAACCAUCGAGUACUACCGAAAAAACAACUUUUGGAUGAUCGACUCCAAGGGGUUGGUGACAACCACCCGGGGCGACAAAUUGCAGGACCACAAGGUCCCCUUCGCACGUGACGACCCGCCAGUGGGCACGUUGUUGGAAGUGAUCCAGCAGGCAAAGCCAACGAUUUUGCUGGGUCUGGCAGGGCUGCCGGGAGGCGCCUUCACCGAACAAAUGAUCAAAACCAUGGACAAGGACUGUAUAAUUUCUCUAUCAUUCUUGUCUUCUGAUUUUUUCCUUUUCGUCAAAGGCCCCUUGGUUGUGGUGUUAAUUUUUUCGAACUAGUUGAAAAAGCUGGCGCCACUAUGAAAAUGAAAUCUUCCAACAGGCACUGCUGCUGGUCUUCGGCCGAUCGUCAUGGCGUUGUCGAAUCCGACAAGCAAGGCCGAGUGUACUGCCGAGCAGUGUUACACCUGGACCGAGGGCAAGGCUAUUUUCGCUUCUGGAAGUCCGUUCGAUCCGGUCACGCUGCCGAACGGAAAGACCUACCACACGGGACAGGGGAACAACAUGUAUUACUAAUAAGUAUACUCAAUCACGUACACAAAAUUUGAAGUCGAAAAUCACCAGCCAAGUUGCAGCAGCAGUUGGUAGCUCGACGUCCACCUUCUUAAAGAUACUUCAUAUGCAUGCGAAAGAGUAGCAGUAAGACUAAUGAUUUGCAAUUCCCAAUCCCUACGAACCUCGUUCACAGGUACAUUUUCCCAGGCGUUGGUUACGGUGCAGUGCAGUGCAAGGCGGAAAAGAUCACAAACACCAUGUUUUACGAGGCAGCACGCAAGCUCGCCCUGCAGACAAAGGUGGAAGAUUUGAAAAAAGGGUCCGUCUACCCGGAACUGGGUCGCAUUCGCGAGAUCACCGCGAACGUAGCCGCCGGCGUGUGCGAAGUGGCGGAGCAGGAGGGUCUGACCGCCGUCGCACGACCACCGAAUGGUUGGCUGAUGCAUUUGAAGCAAGCAAUGUGGUGGCCGCAAUACGAGUCAUACUUGUAG